GGCGGCUUCCUCUGUCGCAAAUAUCUCCAACGACGAGUGGCCCUGGAUUUCUGUGGUUCCAUUUGGUGGCCGCUCGAGCCCGCGCUGUCAAUGGCACCCGUCGCCGUCGCGCUUGGCUCUUGUUGGCACUCUCCCUCCGGCGAUUGGCCGCCUGGGGUUUCCCGGUUGCUUCGCGCCUUGUCUUGUCGCCCGUGCCGUCAGUGCCACGCGGUUAUCGCCGUCGGCAGGACUGCUCGCGCGUACAUAUCCACUGGUUGUGGCCUCUUUUGCAGUUCGUGACGUAUUUCCUGCUUGGCUCCACAGUUCCCUUCCCCUCCAGUGGAUACCAUUAGCGUCUUCUCUGUUCCACAGGCAUCCUAUCUUUGCUGUGCUGUGGUCUGGUGACCAGUGAGCAGUUGCGCAAUUGUUCAGACUUCAGACUUGAGAGUUCAGACCAAGCAAAUUGGCUUCAGACUUCAGCUCGUGAGGUGCUCUUUGCUGCGCUGUGGUGACCCGUCAGCAGUCGAGCAAUUGUUUCAGACUGAGCAAUUAGAAAUCGAGGCCCGAUGGAGGUGGUGACCGGAGCUAUGACCACCCUCCUGCCCACGCUCGCAGGCCUGCUCAAGGAGGAGUAUGACCUGCACAAGAACACCAGGGGUGAGAUCAGGUUCCUCAAAGCCGAGCUGGAGAGCAUGGAGACAGCCCUGCUCAAGAUUUCUGAGGCACCUUUGGAUCAGCCACCUGACGUCCAGGUCAAGCUUUGGGCGAGGGAAGUCAGGGAGCUAUCCUAUGAAAUCGAGGACAGUGUCGAUAAAUUCAUGGUGCGUCUUGAUAGACGUGCACAAAAAAAUCCGCAUAGCUUCAUGGGCUUCAUCAAUAAGAGCAUAGAUCUGAUGACGAAGGCUAAAAUCCGCCACAAGAUGGGCACUGAGAUCAAAGACAUCAGGAGCCGUAUCAAGGAGGUCAGCGAGCGACGCGAUAGGUACAAGGUUGACAGUGUACCUUCCAAGCCUGCCAGACCAACUAUUGACAGCCUUCGCCUAUCAGCCCUAUACAAAGAGGCAACAGAACUCAUUGGCAUCGAAGAGAAGACAAAUGACCUAGUUAAGAGGCUGACAGAGGGGGAGGGGGCGUCCAAGCAACAGGUCAAGACAAUCUCCAUUGUUCGUUUUGGAGGCUUAGGCAAAACAACCCUUGCUAAUGCUGUGUUUCAUAAGUUUAAACCGGAAUUCGAUUGUGUGGCCUUUGUUUCCGUGUCUCUUAAUCCUAACAUGGAGAAUAUUUUCAAAAACAUGCUCCAUCAACUUGACAGGCACAGAUACUUUAACAUCAACGAAUCAACAUGGGGUGAAGCAGAGCUUGUCAGCGAGCUAAGAGAUUUUCUUCUAAACAAGAGGUACUUCAUUGUGAUUGAUGACAUAUGGAACAAUUUUGUAUGGAAAGAAAUCAAACAUGCUUUGAUUGAGAACGAAUGCGGAAGUAGAAUAAUUACAACAACUCGCGCUUUUGAUGUUGCCAAACAAGUUGGUGGUGUUUAUGAUCUAAAGCCUCUUUCUCUUGCGCACUCAAGAAACUUAUUCUUCCAAAGAAUAUUUGAUGCUGAAGAAAAAUUUCCUUCUAAUGAAUUAGCCGAAGUAUCUGAUAACAUUAUUAAGAGAUGUGGUGGAGUACCAUUAGCUAUUAUUACGACAGCUAGUAUGUUAGCCAGUAAAAACAGAAAUGAUUGGUCCAAGGUCUACCAAGCUAUGGGUUCUGGGCUACAAGAUAGUACUGAUGUGAAGGACAUGAGAAGGAUAUUAUCAGUCAGUUACUAUGACCUACCUCCACAACUAAGAACAUGUUUAUUGUAUAUAAGUUUGUAUCCAGAAGAUUAUAAGAUCAUUGCUAGAGAUUUGAUAUGGCAAUGGAUUGGUGAAGGCUUUGUUCAGGAAGAACAUGGAAAGAGCUUGUAUGAAGUAGGAGAAAAUUAUUUCUGUGAGCUCAUUAACAAAGGCUUGAUCCAACCAGCAGAUGUCACUGAUGAUAAAGCGAGUGCUUGUCGUGUACACAAUAUGGUGCUUGACCUUAUCACUUCCAUAUCAAGGGAAGAGAAUUUUCUAACAUGUAUAGGUGGUCAACAAUCUGGAUCUGCACCAAGUAAGAUCCGUCGUCUAUCAGUCCAAAGCAUAAAUGAAGACGAUGCCAAGCAGAUGGCAACUAUGAACUUGUCCAAUUUGAGGUCAAUCAUUGUGUUUGGACGAUAUAUCAAUUUGUUACCAGUCCUUUCAAGGUUUUCAGUGUUGCGUGCAUUGGACAUAAGUUAUUCUUGGAAUGUGGGCAAUCAUCAUGUAAAGAUUAUUUGCAAUAUGUUUCACUUGAGGUAUUUAUGGCUACACAAUACAUGUAUCUCUGAGAUCCCGGAUGAGAUUGUGAAUCUUCAGUUCUUGCAAGUACUGGACAUAAGUGGGACGACAGUACAAGUGUUACCAGCAUCAUUUGUUCAGCUAACACAACUAGUGUACCUUCAUCUUGGUAUGUCCACGGCCCUGCCAGCAGGAUUGGGGAAUUUAAAAUCGCUGCAAGAAUUGCUAGGUAUCAAUAUUGCGUCUCCAUCCAUGCUGCAUGAUCUGAGCAAGCUGACUGAAUUGAGGAAUCUUCGUGUCAGGUUUUAUGGAUGGAACGAUGACUAUAAGGAACUUUUCCAGCGGUGUCUCUCCAGCCUGUUCAAUCUCAAAUGCAUUAAAAUAGAUGGUGUCCAUCGAAAUAUUGAUUUCGGAGGUGACAACUUGUCGCCUGAGCAGCUUCACUGCAUUCAUCUGACCUCUAGCGAGAUUUGUGAUGUGCCAAGAUGGAUAUCAUCGCUCUCCAACCUCUCUACCCUUAAAAUCCAGGAUCUAAAAACACUUAGUCAGGAGCAUCUUCAAGUGCUUGGCAUCAUGCCAUCACUCCGUGAUCUCAAUAUAUGGGUGCCGGAAAUCGCACAAGGCCGACACGAAAGGUUUGUGAUUGGCAGCAGUUAUCCAUUCCGGUGUCUAGCAAAGCUCAAGAUCGGCAGCCAAAUCAUGGGGCUGAAGUUCGCACAAGGGGCCAUGCAGGAGCUACAAACCUUUGAGAUUAUUUUAUCAGUGCAGCGGACAUGGGAUUGAUUUGGUAAUUUGGACUUUGGCCUGGAGAACCUUUCUUCGCUUAAACAGGUCUAUGUUGGGAGGUGGUACGCUGUGUCAUGGUCCAAGCCAGAGCCGGAAGAGUCAGAGGAUGCAAUUUGGCAAGCCGUACACAUGAAUCCCAACAAGCCGACGCUCGAGUUCGUCAUGUUCAAGUUGUGAUGAUGAGUCGGAAAAUCAUUUUGGAAAAUCAUCCUCGUUAAUCUGCAGCGAUGUCUCCUGGUGAUUCUUCAGGAGCUACAGUUAUUACAUCAAAUAAAUAAUCUGUUGUGCAGAGGAUUCCUGCAAACUUCUUAUGCGAUCUGUAUCAUUAUAUUGACAGUUUCAUGUCAUGUAUCUAUUAUGUCCCUGGAUCAUAUUUUCCGUGACGGUGUCCAUGACAGGAUGAAUGAACUGAGACCACAUCUUGUUUCUCUUCCUGAGGUUUGUUCUGAAUAUACAGGGGAGUAUUCACUUGCAAUCACGGGUCUUAAAUCUGCAAACAAGAUGGUGAACUGCUCGGAUCUAGGCUAAAAUGCAGAAGCUAGUUUCUUCCAGAAGUGGCGCAUUUAAUUUCUUCCAGAAGUUUGUUCUGAAUAUACAGAUGAAUAUUUACUUUGCAAGUGUGGA